UCUUUCAGUUCUCCUAUAGGUAAAAACACAAAGAAAACCUUUCUACUUUGAACUGAACCUCCGAACUUGUUCUCCUUUUCAGUUCAAGUUGUUGUUUCAUUGGUUAGUCCAAUAUGGCCGGAAGUAGAAGCAUAGGCGGCUCUGAGCGAACCCAAGAUUCGUCGGACCCAAAUUCAAAGAAAGCGAGGGGUUUAACCAUUGAAGGGUACCCAGUUGAGGGUUUGUCAAUUGGAGGACAUGAAACCUGUGUAAUCUUUCCGUCUCUCAAGUUGUCAUUUGAUAUUGGUCGAUGCCCACAACGUGCUAUUGCCCAAGACUUCCUCUUCAUCUCCCAUGCCCACAUGGAUCACAUUGGAGGACUGCCUAUGUAUGUUGCAACUCGUGGGUUAUACAGCAUGAAGCCCCCAACAAUCAUUGUACCAAAAUGUAUUAAAGAAGUUGUCGAAGAACUCUUUGAGGUGCACAGAAAAAUGGACCAAUCAGAGCUGAAAAAUAAUUUGAUUGGUUUGGAUCCUGGUGAAGAGUUUCAUAUAAGAAAGGAUCUUAAAGUAAAAGCUUUCAGGACUUAUCAUGGAAUACCAAGUCAGGGGUACAUAGUAUACUCAGUAAAACAUAAACUUAAGCAGGAGUAUCUCGGCCUAUCUGGGAUUAAAAUCAAGGAGUUGAAAUCAUCAGGUGUAGAGAUUACAGACACUUUAGUAGAACCUCAAGUUGCAUUCACAGGAGAUACCACGGCUGAUUUUAUAUUUGACAGUAGUAAUAUUGAUGUGCUGAGGGCAAAGAUUCUUGUCAUGGAGAGCACUUUCCUAAAUGAGUCGAUUACUGUGGAGCAUGCAAGAGACUAUGGACACAUUCAUCUGUCUGAGAUAAUUAAUCAUGCAGACAAAUUUGAAAACAAAGCAAUUCUUCUUAUUCACUUUUCAGCUCGAUACACUGUAAAUGAAAUUCAAGAAGCUGUAUCGGCAGUUCCUCCUCCCUUAGCAGGGCGAGUUUUUGCACUAACAGAAGGUUUUUGAUGACAAGCUGGUGAAGUCUUGUCAAUGGGCGACGUCAAUUUUUGUCAACUUGAAUUUGUGCGCUGAAGGAAAAGCACACGAGAGUUCACCUGUGCAUCGUGGAUAUACUCUUAUAAGAUCAAGAUAUGAGUGCAAGAGCAUUACAAUCUUAUUAGAUUUCAUCUGUAAUUCAUGUAUGUCUCGUACAAAUCUCAUGUAUAAACAUCAAAUAUUUAUCACAGUUAAAAAUUGGCAAUGCCGGCAUUGUUUUUCAAUCA